AGGGAGGGGAGGGGACAGGACUGAGGUCGGAUGCCUGUGUUUCAGCCCAGGCAGUGAGUGUAGAUGGCUUGGCAGGUGAGCCUGCCGGUGGAGGACCGGCUUCAGUGUCCCAUCUGCCUGGAGGUCUUCAAGGAGCCCCUGAUGCUACAGUGCGGCCACUCCUACUGCAAGGGCUGCCUGGUCUCCCUGUCCUGCCACCUGGACGCCGAGCUGCGCUGCCCCGUGUGCCGGCAGGCGGUGGACGGCAGCAGCUCCCCGCCCAACGUCUCCCUGGCCCGGGUGAUCGAAGCCCUGAGGCUCCCUGGGGACCCGGAGCCCAAGGUCUGCGUGCACCACCGGAACCCGCUCAGCCUCUUCUGCGAGAAGGACCAGGAGCUCAUCUGUGGCCUCUGCGGUCUGCUGGGCUCCCACCAACACCACCCGGUCACGCCCGUCUCCACCGUCUACAGCCGCAUGAAGGAGGAGCUCGCAGCCCUCAUCUCUGAGCUGAAGCAGGAGCAGAAGAAGGUGGAUGAGCUCAUCGCCAAACUGGUGAACAACCGGACCCAAAUCGUCAAUGAGUCGGAUGUUUUCAGCUGGGUGAUCCGCCGCGAGUUCCAGGAGCUGCACCACCUGGUGGACGAGGAGAAGGCCCGCUGCCUGGAGGGGAUAGGGGGUCACACCCGUGGCCUGGUGGCCUCCCUGGUCAUGCAGCUGGAGCAGGCCCAGGGAACCCGAGAGCGGCUGGUCCGAGCCGAGUGUGUGCUGGAACAGUUCGGCAAUGAGGACCACCACGAGUUCAUCCGGAAGUUCCACUCCAUGGCCUCCAGGUAAUAACCUUGGAGAGAGCUCAGCCAGGGUCUGCUGGCUGCGGGCAUGGGCCUCUCAGCUCCACUGGUUCCUCCAUUCGGCUUAACCAGCGCCUCCCAAGCAGCUGCCCACAGCUGGCUCUAUAACUGAGCCUGGGGAAAACAGAGGAAAGUCACGUCCCUGCCUUCAAGGGUCUCGUAGACGGGUGGGGAGGCAGAUGGUGAACUGUGGGUACCUAGAACAGCAGAAGUUCACUCAAGCUACAGAAAUACUAGAGGAGGGUAGCUCGUGCUUGCAAUGCCAGUACGUUGGGAGGCCAAGGCAGGAGGAUUGCUGGAGGCCAGGAGUUCGAGACCAGCCUGGCCAAUGUAGUAACACCCCCGUCUCUACAAAAAAUACAAAAAUAAAAAAAUUA